CCAGAGCUCAGUUAAACUGUGAGUGAGUGAAGACGAGCAGCAGAGAGGACAGAGCAGAGAGUCGAGACUGUCGGAGGGGAAAAAGAUAUUAACGGAUAUUUAACCAGUUUUUGUUUUCAGUCAGCAGAAUGUUUCCUUCAGUUUGUCCUAAAGCUCUGCUGGUGGUCCUGAUGUGUGUGUGUGCUGCUGCUGCUGCCAGAAACAGCACUCGAGGACACUUUGGGAGGACUUUUUCUGUUCGUUACCAAACAGUCACAGAUGAACCUUUCAGCCUGGAUGAUAUUUACGGAGAGAAGGAGGAUUUGAUCAAACCGAAUCGUUCUACAGUUGGUCGACAGGCUAACAGAACCAUAUCAAGAGUGCAGAUCAUCUCAGAGGAUGUGCUGCUGUUCCUGACGGGCCCCGUGUCCACCGUCCUCAUCCCGUCCUUCUACUCGCUGGUCCUCAUCAGCGUGCCGAUCAACAUCUGCGCCGUGCUGGCCUUCGCCCGGAGGAUCCGGCCCAAGAAGCCGGCAGCGAUCUACAUGCUGAACCUGGCCUGUGCUGACCUGAUCUUUGGCAUCCUGCUCCCCUUCAAGAUCUCCUACCACUUCAGAGGCAACGACUGGGUAUUCGGACCCUUCAUGUGCCGUGUGGUCACCGCAGCCUUCUACUGGAACAUGUACUGCUCAGUCCUGCUCAUAGCCUGCAUCAGUGUGGACCGGCUCCUCGCUGUGGUCUACCCCAUCGACUCCCUGGCCUGGAGGAGGCCACGCAACUCCAUCAUCGCCUGUGUGACCAUGUGGAUUCUGUCCUUCGCUGGUUCGGUGCCCCUCGUCCUCUCCGAUCAGACUCAUCACAUCACUGCACUGAACAUCACCACCUGUCAUGACGUCCAGGUCAUAGACGAUCUGAUCUGGAAGUACAGGAUCUACUUCGUCACCCUCUGCUGCGCCCUCUUCUUCCUGCCGCUGCUCGUCACGGUGGUGUCCUACGCUCGGGUGAUCUGGUGCCUGAGCAGGGUCCCCGUUGGGGUCCCAGGACGCUCCCGCAGGAGAACAAGAGCGGUGGUGAUGGCCGUAACGGUCCUGGUGAUGUUUGUGCUGUGUUUCGCACCCACAAACUGUCUGCUGCUCGCCCACUACCUGCAGUUCCACGAGGGAAUGGAGGAGAACCAGCAGCAGGAUCCCAACGGUUCCUACUCAGCCUACCUGGUGUUCCUGUGUCUGGGAAGUCUGAACUGCCUCCUGGAUCCUCUGGUCUACUACUUUGGAUCGUCCCAGUGCCAGAGACAACUGUCCAGUUUCCUGAGGUGUGAGAAGAUCAGGGCGGGCAAGAGCAUCAGUCACUCAGCGACGGAUUCGUGCAGGUCCAGCAGCCGAGCGAUCCUGAAGUCCAGCCGCACAGAAAGCUCCAGAAUAAACACGUCGGACUCUUUGGAGAAGAGCCUCAACAGCCAGUACAAGAAACUGCUGGUGUGAUGGAUCAGCAGGCGGUCAGAGCGACUGAACUGACUCUGACUGCUGUAGAUUGUAAAGGAACACUUCACCCAAAAAAAGGAGAAAUCAGUCACUGUGUACUCAAGUCACAAGUAUUCACAAGUUAAAGUCUUAACGUAUGUUACUGAUUAUACUCAGAGGAGCAGCUCACACAAGAAUUAUAACUCAGUCGUCGUCUCCUCCCUCCAAACUGAUUUAAAGGCAGGUGAAGUGUCGAGGUAGUAAAACAAAAAUGGCUCCAGAACCCGUUUGACGUACCCUCAUAUCUUAAUUGUUCGUUGAUAUUUGAGCUUCAGCUGUGGUUGAGGAGGAUACGUAGUUAACUCGUUUCACUAUUAAGUGUGUUUGUUGUUAACAUAUUGGACUUUGUAUCGCAGUCACAUGUGCCAGUGGGUGAGAAAGAAGUAUGUUGCUGCUCGGUGCACAUACAUGGCGUCUUCAUGUCCUGUUUAUUGCUUUCUUAUUAGACCGGCUCAGUUAGCUGAACCCAGGACGCUCGGUUACAUUUGUGGCAGCAGUGUUUCUCUCGUAGCUUAGCUUCCUCGGCUAUCAGCCAACGCUGUUUUAAUCAAACGAGGCUGAACAGGUGGAGAGGAGGACGCUUCAAACACCCCAAAUUCAUAAACAACAACGUCAUCGUCCAUCGUGUGGAGCUUUUUGUUCCGGGAACGCUGUUAUUUCCAUUAUAUCUGAGAUCCUGAAUAACAACACGAGCUGUAUGAAGCCAUUUUGUGUCUUUAAACGACUUUCUAUCAUCAGGAGGGAGGAGAGGGUUGGAGUCCAGAUGACAGUCACUGAAGAGCGCAGUAUGAAGGGUUCAGCUCGCUGCGUCCGGAUCAGAACAAACGGAGGGAAACAGUCAGUGGGUGACUCGUCUCUGAGCGAUGAAUGAAGAACAAUGAACGGAAGGAAGUGGAGAUUAGACGACAGAGUGCUUUCAAGAGGAACUCAGCCGAACAUUCGAUACUAUGAAGAGCUUUUUUUUAUUUUUGCACUGUGUUGUUUGAGUUUAUAAGCUGUAUUUCUUACAUGUAAUUGAAGGAAACCACUUUCUUUUUCUUGUGUAUAUAAAUCUGCUGAAUGUCUUUUAAAGCACUUAUGUUUCACUUUUAUAAAGCAGUCAGUGAAGUCUUACUUUGUACUUUACCUGAAUAUAUUCACCACUUUCUGCCUCGUCAUCAUCAUCAUCAUCAUGACAGUGUGAUGAAUAUAAAGCCUCACCUGCUCACAGUCUCUGACCUCCUGCUGCUCUCUGCUGGUGGAAAAUGUGAAGUUCUUUAUCUGCAUCGUGUCGAUUUACAACAUGAUCCAAGUUGUUUUCUCCUCCAGCAGGUGGUGCGACUGUACUGCUGGUAAAAGUUCACCUGAAGGAUAAACUCCAGUAUCAACUACCAGUGUGUAUGGAGUUAUAUAAGAGUGUGAAGGAAGUAUCGACUGAAUAAAUACUUUUUAAUACGUUUUAAUCCAAACUGAAA